GGAUACCGAUUAUGAGAACGCUUAAAGGAGAACGCACGGCUUCGUUAAAUGAAUUCUGCGAAGUUAGCAGACUAGUCCAGUAGCGAACCGGCCUCGUCCAAGCCGGAGUGAGUCACGAUCAUGACAAAAUCGUCCCGCUGUCGUGUGAUUACUCAGCUUAUCUGUAUAUACAAGUGAAUUAAAAAAAAAAGUGAAGCGCGCUCGAUCGGUAGUAGUAGCGAUGCGAGCAAGCUGAAUGACACUCGGCCGAAUUAUAAUUCGUUUCUUGGCUGAGAGAAGAACCAAGUCGUGCGAACUCGUCGCUGUGCGCGCAUGUGCGAGAACGACAAGGAGGAGAACUACACGAGGGAAGAGAGAAAGGUGAAAGAUAUGGAAGUGGAAAGAACCACGUUGACCGAAUGGGAUAAACUUCCUUCCAUCAAAGUCGGUGACUUCACCCUCGAGGUCGAAUUCGGUCCGCCCAGCAAGGAGUUGCAGGAUGUAGCGAAGAGCGAGCUUCGAGAGACGCCUGAACUUCAGAACGAGGCGAUCGCCCGACUCAGGGAAUUGCUGAAAGCCGAGACAGAUCUGAAAUGCCCCCUGGAGAACGACGCGUGGCUGAUCCGGUUUCUCAGGCCGUGCAAGUAUUACCCGGAAUCGGCGUUGAAUCUAGUGAAAAAUUAUUACAACUUCAAGGUGAAGCACUCGAACGUGUACGACAAUCUGAAACCGAGCAAAGAGAAGAACAUAUUCGAGCAAAACAUUCUGUCCGUGUUGCCGAAUCGGGAUCAAAACGGGCGGAGGAUACUGGUGAUAGAGCUCGGGAAGAAGUGGAAGCACAACAAGUGCAACCUGGACGAGGUGUUCAAGGGCUGCGUCCUCUACGUGGAGGCGGCCAUGCUCGAGCCGGCCACGCAGAUCGCGGGCGCGAUAGUCGUUUUCGACAUGGACGGGCUCACUCUUCAACAGGCCUGGCAAUUCACCCCCGCGUUCGCCAAAAGGAUAGUGGACUGGUUGCAGGACGCGGUCCCGCUGAGAAUAAAGAAUAUACACAUCGUCAAUCAGCCGUACGUGUUUAACAUGGUGUUCGCGCUGUUCAAACCGUUCCUCAGGGACAAAUUGAAGAACAGGCUGAUUUUCCAUGGAACAGACAGGAAAUCAUUGCACCAAUACAUCUCGCCCAAGUGUCUGCCAGCCUGCUACGGUGGAAACUUGCAACUUCCUCGUAUAACGGGGCCGCAAUGGUUGGAAUUGUUAUUGUUAUGCGACAAAGAAUACGAUGCGAUCAAUUCGUACGGUUACAAGAAAUAGAAACACAUCCCCGCAUUUCGAGGAUGCGCUUUCACGAGGAUGUGAAAAAGAGGGAUGAUCUGAAGAUGAUGAAUUUUUUUUUUCUUUUCUUUUCUUUUAUUUUUUUUUUUUUUGUGAAACUUUGUCGGCUGUGGAUUUUCUCGUUUAACACGCUGAUCUGGAUUCAGCGCAUGGCCUACUUAGUUAUCUCUAUUAUAAGCGGUUAUUAUCUGCUAUACAAGCGUUGCUGGUUUGACCUUUUUUGCAAUAUUAUUCCAAUUUAAAUUAUAAUACGAUGAAUUAAAUUAAACAAAUAAACAGUGGUUACGAGGAGAAUGGGAAAAGAAGUACAAACUUUUCCAAUUUGUCGUAUUGUCCAUAUUACUCGAGUUAGAAUUAGAAUUAGAAUUGUUUUAUCAUAGGGAGAGUGAGUGAGUGAAUGAGCGAGA